AUGGAUACAAAUAUAAAUCAAAUUAACGAUAUUAAAGCUAUAUCUAAAGACACAGUGCAUAAAAUAUGUUCUGGACAGGUGGUUGUUAGUUUAGCAGUGGCUGUAAAAGAACUGGUCGAAAACUCAUUGGACGCUGGAGCAACCAAUAUAGAUAUAAGGUUUAAAAAUUAUGGCAUUGACCUAAUUGAAGUAUCAGACAAUGGCAGUGGUGUUACUGAAGACAACUUUGCUGCUUUGACUUUAAAAUACCACACUUCUAAAUUAUCUGACUACUCUGAUCUACUUGGUGUGACCAGUUUUGGAUUUAGAGGAGAAGCUCUGAGUUCACUAUGUUCUUUAGCCAAUCUUACUAUUACAACAAGGCACAAGGCAGCUGAAUAUGCUACCAAAAUUGAAUAUGAUCACAAAGGUCAUAUCACGAAGCAAACACCAUGUUCAAGACAAAUUGGUACAACAGUCAGUUUAACAAAUCUAUUCAAAUCACUACCUGUUAGACAAAAGGAAUUUCAUAAAAAUGCCAAAAGAGAAUUCAAUAAGAUGACUCAGUUGCUGUAUGCAUACUGCCUCAUUUCUGUUGGAGUAAAGAUCACAUGUACUAAUCAAACAAGCUCCAAUGCAAAAUCUUUAGUAGUAGCUACACAAGGAACCACAUCCUAUAAAGACAACAUAGCCAGUGUUUUUGGAGUGAAACAACUGCAAACAUUACUUGAUAUUAAACCUGAAUAUGUUACAAACAUAAAGGACAAUAUCUUCAAAGGCUUGUCACAAGAAGUUAAAGAGACUGCAGAUGAAACUGUAGACUUAGAAGAUGUUGAAAUAGAUUUAUCUGAAGACUCUAAUGAUGCUGAGAAACCAGAUGCCACAAUAGAAUUAAGUGGUUCACAAAAAUCUCAAGGUUACAAAAAUGUUGCCAAACCAAUUGAGUUUACUGGGUUUAUUUCCUCUUGUGCGCAUGGUAGUGGAAGAUCAAGCACUGAUAGACAGUUUUACUUUGUUAACUCCAGGCCCUGUGAACCAACCAAAAUCAUAAAAAUAAUCAAUGAAAUAUACAGACAGUACAACUCUAAUCAAUACCCCUUUGUGUUCCUAAAUGUUAACUUAGAAAGAGAAGCUGUAGAUGUUAAUGUGACGCCAGAUAAAAGAAAAGUAUUUCUUACUAAAGAGAAAAUAAUAUUAGACAUUCUAAAAAACUCCAUAUUGAAAUUAUUUGAGAAUAUUCCUAGAACAGUAAAGAUUGAAUCAGGGCUUAGUUUGUAUCCUAAAGAAUCAUAUGAUGUUAAGCCUGAUCCAGAUCAGCCAAGAGUAUUCAAUUCAUUUUUAGAUCAGUUUAAAAAUAAAACAAAGCAAGUUUCUGAUAGUAUACCUGCAGUAGACAAGGAAUUUACGAAAACAGAACUUAAAAGAAAAUCAACAACAAUGUUAGAUUUUAUUUCUUCAAAAACAAAGAAGACAGAAGAAGUCAAAGAAGGGAUUUUGAACCAGGAAGAAGUAAUUGAAGAUAGCUCAAACAAUUCUUUCGAUAUUUUAAAAUCUGAUGAUGAAGAGAAUGAAAGUACUGCGAACAACAUUUCAGAGUCAAAUGUAAGCUGUGCAAGUAAUGAAAAUAUUACAGAUCAGAAGUCUAAUAGUUCGUCUUUAGAAGAAAAUAAAACCAAUGAAAAUGUAAUGUAUUUAGAUUAUUUUGAAAAUGUACCAUCUACACAAAUAAGACAUCUCAAAGAUGUUGUGAUAGAGAAGUCACAUACAAUUACCUGUAAAACAAAAGGAUUGAAAACAAAAGCUAAUCUCUCAAGUGAUAUAAAGGAGAAAUCACCUAAAAAACAAAAAGUUGUAACCGAUCAAGAAGACUUGGGAAAGAAUAAUAGGAGAACUGUAACUUUAAAAACAUCCCUUGAACAUGUGAAAAUAUUGGCAAAUAUGUAUGCUGAGAUUAAAAAUGAAUCCACCCCUAAAAGGAUUAAAUUCAAAAGUGAGAUUAAUCCUGUAUUCAACAAGAAAUGUGAAGAAGAAUUGAGUAAAGAAAUCUCAAAGGAAUCAUUUAAAAGUAUGAAAAUUAUUGGGCAAUUUAAUUUGGGUUUCAUUAUAACUAGAUUAGAAGAUGACCUUUUCAUAAUAGACCAACAUGCUACCGAUGAGAUUUACAAUUUUGAAACAUUACAAAAGACUACCGAGCUUACUAGUCAAAAAUUAGUCAUACCUCAACCACUUGAGUUAACAGGAGUGAAUGAACAAAUCCUAAUGGACAAUUUAGAUGUAUUCAAAAAGAAUGGUUUUACGUUUGAAAUCAAUGAGGAAGCCCCACCCACGAAGAGAGUUAAAUUGUUGACCUUACCCAUGUCUAAAAACUGGAUAUUUGGAAAAGAAGAUAUAGAAGAACUUUUAUUUAUGUUGAGGGAAUCUCCUUCAGAGUAUUGUAGACCAAGCAGAGUAAGAGCAAUGUUUGCAUCACGUGCCUGUCGGAAAUCUGUGAUGAUUGGAACAGCUCUGAGCAAAGCAGACAUGAGGAAACUUGUUGAUCACAUGGCCGAAAUAGACAAACCUUGGAAUUGUCCUCAUGGUAGACCCACAAUUCGGCAUCUAGUAAAUUUAGCCAUGGUCCAUACAAAAGAUAUGACUUGA